AUGGAGCAGCUGUGGACUUACCUGACGGGCAGUGAGGAAGAUCGAGAGCAGUUUAAGGCCACGCAAACCCGAGCAGGGCAGCAGUCGGAACGUUGCCGGAUGGCAACUCCUGAAGAUUACUACAGGGAGUUGGAGCGUGAUCGCCAACGUUCCGAGUUUUUAGAUGUCCAGUCAUACCAACAUAAAUGGUGCUUCUUUUUCUGCCAGGAACUAAGCCAUCAUUCAGGAAUUAAGGAUGUCCUGUCUAAGUUUGAACCAGAGGUUUCAGUUAAGGCUGCAUGUGUCCUUCUCCUCCUGAUGGCAUACUUUAAAGAGCCCAAGGAUGCAAUCCUACUUCAAGCAGAUACAUGUGCCACAGGUGCUGAUGUUCAGAGGACAAUGAUGCUACCAAGCAGUCCCCGCUUGAUUAUACAAGAUGACAUGAUGAAGCCUAAAGCCUGGAUGUUGUCAAUUGAAGGACAAGUGGUCAUGGGACCACAUCAUGACUUUGUCAAUGGUAUUGCUACAAUCUUCGCAAGUUAUUACAACCUUAACUUGCAGUAUCCUGACGAUGCCUCAUCCACAUUGGAGUUUAUCCAAAGGUGUUUUUUGGGUAUUAACCCAGAGUCGGGCUCAAAAUCAAAAAAGAAACACGGACACAUCAACCAAUAAGUCUGCACACUUCUGAGGAAACUAACUGAUUUUGAAUGGAUGUCAAUGUAGACAUUAUUUUCUAAAAGGACUCCUAAUAAUUUAAAAUUGAUUUAAAGUGUUUUAAUCCCCUGUUUUGCCUCAGUUUAAUUUCUAUCUUACUGUCUUUAAAAAUGUUAGACUGCUUUGUAAUUACAUUUUUGUUUUUUUAACAUUAUUGUUAAAAUGUUAAACACUGAAGUUCAAUGUCUUUAAUUUAAUUUCUUAAAAUAUACCUUUUAAAAAGAGACAUGGUUUCAGAAUUAUUGAUUGAUUUUCUGCACUUGACCCUUUCAGAUGUCUGUAUAUCUGGAGAAAGUAGCAUAUAUUUACAAAUAAUACAGUAUUGACUACUAGAUAACUACUACACAGCCCAUAAUAACUGCGGGCACUGUGGUACAAUAUGUGGCAAGUUGUUUACUACAGAUGAUAUUAGAUAUACAGUAAAAAAACGUUUUUGUUUAUUGUACAUAUACUUACUGUAUGUGAGGUUUAGGACAUUUUGUUUGUGCAAUUUAAAAAAAAAAAGUUGAACUGCCUGUUAAGACUUUUAUUGAAUUUAAAAGUGUAUACUUGAGGUAUUCUGUGCAUUUAACUUUUGAAGAAACACUGCUGAAUAAAUAUGCAAAACACAUAA